AUGAAGUUAGCAAUCACAGUUUUUUUACUGACUUUCACCCAAUUUAGUGAUGGUAACGACGCCGGGAACAGGGUGGGACCCGGUCUCAAAGGGAGGGGUAUUCUGAACGGGGUGUCUGUACCGAAAUGGAGCAAUGGGGGGUAUACGAAGAAACCUAAUCAUGAUUCGCAAAAAUCGGAACCCAGGUUUUGGUCGCCAGUGCAGAAAGAAAGUCGAUUUCUGUCCCUGUUCACCGUGGUGACUUUCCCUAACGGCGGGUGCGCGGGCGCGUCCGGCGACAACGGGACGUGCAUGACUGCGCGCGAGUGCUCGGCGCGCGGCGGCUCCGCCAACGGCUACUGCGCAAACGGCUUUGGACUCUGCUGUAUUUUCAUGACAUCAUGUGGCAGUUCAACGUCAGAGAACGGCACCUACUUCGUGAACAAUGGCUACCCUUCGGCCUUCGACGGAACGGGCUCCUGCGAGCUCACCGUCAUCAAGGCACACCCUGACGUUUGCCAGAUCAGACUGGACUUCAAUCGGUUCAGCAUCGCAGGUCCCGAGCCCAUGAACCACGUCUGCAACCAGGACCAGUUCAUCGUGUCCGGAGGGAACCCCAUACCCACCAUAUGCGGCACCAACCAAGGAAGUCACAUGUACGUGGACGCGGGCAUCGGAACCACCAACCCAGUGAAGCUGACCUUCGUCACCAGCGGCAACUCCUUCGAGAGGAUGUGGAAGGUCAAGGUCACGCAAAUACCCUGCAGCACGAUAUACAAAGCUGAUGAAGGUUGCCUCCAGUACUACACGGGUGUGUCGGGACAGCUGCGCUCGUUCAACUACGACCCUGCUUCGGGGCUGCAGCUCAGCAACCAGGACUACGGCAUCUGCAUCAGGAUGGAGAGGAACUUCUGUGGCGUCCAGUACACCGCGUGUCCGGAUAAUGUUAACAACCGUUCUCGAGCGUUCACCUUGAGUGGCAAUAGCAACGGGCCUGUCAACGCUAUGAUCGGCUCUGGAGCUGGACCCAACAAUUGCGCCAACGAUUGGCUGUUGGUGCCCUGUGCCGCCAACGUUGGCAGAAUACAGCCAGCCCAAGCGCUGUGCACAGACAGGAUUUGCGGGGGAACCUUCUCGGCUGACUUGUCUAUGACUGCUUCUACUGUGUUGAGCACAGUGAAGCCUUUCAGGCUGUGGUUUCACACCGACAGCGUGGAGGCGCCCGUCGAUAUAGACAACCGCGGGUUUUGCCUUAACUACGUACAACAACCGUGCACAAACAAUCUUUUAUAAUCUUU